AUGGCCAAACUAACGUCCCAGGAAAACCGGCAUUGGCGUGCUGUCCACCGCGCACUGAAGGGAUCCUACACGAAGCUGCAGGUCGAGUUCUUACCCAACGCGUCCCGACGCCGUGUUGUGUGGGACGCGUCGCCAGUGAUUUAUGGCGAUUCCGAACUCCCCAAAGAUAUUGAUUCAUACGACCAGAUUCCACUCAUCCUGUUGCGCCCGCACGAAGGCGACGACGGACACGAAUUUUCGCCCAUCGCCUACGAUAAGUACGAAAGAGACAAUGAAAGCCAAGACCGGGAUUUAGUGCAACUCAUCUGCGAGUCCAACGCGUACGGGGAGGAGCUUCGAGUGCAUGCCAUCAAUCGUCUGAGCGACCCAGAGGUCUGGCCAGUCGUGAAAGACAGUCUCGCCUCCAACAGCAAGACCAUAUUCAACGAGCUUCUGAUCGGCAACGGACUAUGGAACCUUCAUCGCUCGGGAGCCAAUGUCACCUUGACUCAGUUCGACCUUUUCAAGGAUGUGCCCGUCGAGAUUCGGGAUGCCUGCCUUGGCUCUGUAUUCGAAGCUGAUCGAAGCAAGGUUCGGCAGUACUUCAGCAAACUCCAUUUCGGCCUGGGAAUUGUCUCUGGACCUCCUGGUACUGGAAAGUCGACACUGGCCUCGGCCAUCACAGUUCUCAUGUGCCUCAAUCCGACCAUCAAGCACGUAUAUCUGAGCGCCGCUUCAAAUGAAGCAACCGACAAUAUCCUCGACCGCACCAAUGCUCUCGCCAAGACUAUCAUUAAGAAUCUCACCGCCGAUGGUGUCUCCGUCUCUCAGCUGAUGGUGGUCCGGGGAUACAGACUCAAAGACGAGCAGGAGAAGUGUCUUCGAGCUUUGGCCGGACUUCAUUUCAAGCCUGGCACGCGAAGCUCGUCGGCGUGGAGGUUCGAGAACUCUCUGUGCUGGUGGACGCUGCGGGUUUUGGGUUCAAGGAUUGUCCCCGAAUUGACUUGCGACGACAGCGGUGAACUUUGGGAGCUCCACCAGAGACUCAAGGGGCUCGUCGCCAAGCAGCCCAGGAUUUCCGAGUUCGCGGGUCUUGUGAAAUUUGCAGAGGAGCGCGAUCCGGAGACGAAGCGCAGACUGUACAGGACUGGCCAUUACGAGAAAUCCCUCCGCAAUCUGAUGGGCCUGGUCAUCAAAUGCUCCAACGUCGUGGCUACGACUCCUGCGACAUCCAACUCUUUCCUCUACAGAUCAUACAACUCUGAAGUGGCUCGCGGCGUCAUCUUUGAUGAGGCUGCCACACUGUUCUGCUCCGAUGGUUUGUUGGUUCUCGGCAAUACUCCUCGACCUAUGAUCCUCUUCGGCGACACCAACCAGCUUGCCCCCGUGCUCCCAACGGCGAUGGAGUUGCUCCACACUGGGAAGGACAGACGCGACAAGACUGAGGAGGAGAAGAAAUUUCCGACCAACAGGUUUGCGCUCUUUUACCGCAUCUCCUGGUUCCAUCUGUUCAUUCGACUCGGAUGGCCUGUGUUCAAUCUCUACCGCCAACACCGAAUGGCGCAGGGUCUCUUUGACCUCUCCCUGAGAACAGUCUACCCGCAUCUGGUCUCCCAUUUUGAGUACAGCCCGUAUUGUCAAGUGAAGAACUUUCCGAUCGGAUCGCAAGUCGAGACCUACCUCCGACUUGAGCAUCGCAUUCCUUCAGCUGGUGAAGAUCGGAUCCACCCUGUCUUUUUCGACUGUCUCAACUGCCCAUGCAGAAACUACCCUCACAAAGCGACACGCUUCAAUCCCCGACAAGCAGAUCUCAUCGCUGAGUUUCUGGUCAAGAUGAUUGAAGAACUCUCGCUCAACCCCGCUGACAUUGCCGUCAUCACCUACUACCGAGCCAACCUUGCGGCAAUCAGGAAGCGAUUCAGAGAGGACGACAUACUCAAGGAUGUCACGCCUUCAACUGUCAACACGUUCCAAGGACGGGAAGCCCAGAUUGUGGUUCUGGCCUUGUGUGUCACCCACGAGACCGGGCCAUCGUUUGUCGCAGAGCACCGAAGUCUCAACGUUGCACUGACCCGGCAAAAGUCAAGUCUCUUGAUCUUUGGAGACAUUAAAACCACAAGCACGAAAUUCCGACGCCUGCAGGAAAAAGACGAUGCUGAUGAUGGGCUGCAGAAGCCUGACGCGACAAUGUUUGACAAUGUGCUGCGCACUCUGGCGGCCAGCAGGCGGGUUGUGACACUGCAUGGUAACCCGGAGAUCGACCCAGACGAGGAGUGGAAGAAGCUAAACAGACAACCCGAGUUUCUUGGGUGA